UCUCUUUCUCUCUUCGUAACGAAACGAAGGGAGUCGAGAUCGAAGACGCGAGUCGAUAGUACCUCGACUCAUCGUGACGCAAUGGGACAACGAAGCAAACUUUUCACGCUCCUAACUCCUUUCGACCCUUUCGGCAAUUCCGUCAAAAUUACUGGCGUUCGAAUCUGGCAAUACCCCUGAGAGAAUAUGCGUGAAAUCGUACACGUGCAAAUUGGCCAGUGCGGAAACAACGUCGGUAGCAAGUUCUGGGAAGUGAUCUCGGACGAGCAUGGGUUGAACGCGAUCGGGAAAUUCGAGGGAGAUUCCGAGCUUCAGCUGCAACGGAUGAACGUAUACUUUAUCGAUGGACCAGGUAACCACGCGGAAAGCCGAUAUGCCAGGUAUGUUCCGAGAGCCAUCCUGGUGGAUCUCGAUCCGGGGAGCCUGUGCAGCGCCCAGUCCGGUCCGUGUGGAAGGUUGUUCAAUCCUGACAACCUAGUAGCGGGCUUGACGGGAGCGGCGAACAACUGGGCGAAGGGAUAUUACACAGAGGGAGCGGAAUUGUCCAGCUUCGCUCUGGAACGAAUCCGCGCGGAAGCCGAGGCGUGCGAUCUCUUGCAAGGCAUUCAAGUCGUUCACUCGCUCAGUGGCGGGACAGGUGGAGGAAUGGGCUCUUUGCUGUUGGAACGACUCAAGGAAGAGUAUCCGGAGAGGAUCGUGAAGACGUACAGCGUGAUUCCUUGCGCCGAGAUGUCGGACGUCGUGGUCGAACCGUAUAACGCGAUACUGUCGCUUAGCAAGGCUGUCGACCACACCGAUCAGACCUUCUGCGUGGACAAUCGGGCGUUGUAUCACAUCUGCACCCGCGUUCUCAAACUGUCCACGCCGACGUUCACCGACGUGAAUCACUUGAUAUCCGCCUGCAUGUCAGGCAUCACGACUUGCUUCAGGUUCCCGGGACAGUUGAACACGGACCUGAGGAAGCUGCACGUGAACCUGGUCCCGUACCCGAGGAUCCACUUCUUCGUUCCCGGAUACGCGCCUCUCCUGUCCAGAAGCUCCGCACCGUACACGGUACUCUCCGUCCCCGAACUGUCGCAGCAGCUGUUCAACGCGAACAGCAUGCUCGUGUACUGCGAUCCGAGGAUGAGCAAGUUCAUCGCUGUGGCCACCAUAUUCAGAGGCAGAAUGUCGACCAAGCAUGUCGAUGAGCAGAUACUCGCCAUACGCAAUAGAAACAGCUCGUACUUCGUCGACUGGAUACCGAACAACGUUCAAACCGCGAUAUGCGACAUCGCUCCGCGAGGUCUCAGCAUGAGCGCCAGCAUGAUAUCGAACACGACGGCGAUUCAGGAACCGUUCAAGAGACUGGCCGCGGGAUUCGAUGGGAUGCUGAGGAGAAGAGCGUACGUGCAUUGGUACACGGCCGAGGGUAUGGAGGAGACGGAGUUCGUGGACUCACGAACGGUCAUAUACGACCUCAUCACCGAGUAUCAACGCCAGCAGGAGGUGACGGCUGAGACUACCUUCGACGACGAACCGACGGAAUACGAGGACUGGGACAAAUAA